CUCCGCCGCUUUAGCUACUGAACUCGCCAUGUACACGGCCACGGCGUCGCCGCGCGCGCACCGGCAGCAGCAGUACCAGCCGCUGCGCCACAUCGAGGGCCUCACGCUCCGGUCCGCGCUCCGCAGCAACCCGCAGGCGUCCGCGCUGGCCGUGGCCGCGCUCCUCGUCCCGCUCGGCGGCGCGCUGCUCGGCCUCUCCGGCCUCGUCCUGCUGGGGACGCUCGCCGGCGUCUCCCUCGCGGUGCCUCUCGUCGUGAUCUUCAGCCCCGUGCUCGUGCCCGCCGCGCUCGGGGCGGCCCUCGCCGUGGCGGGCCUCGUCGCCGCUGGCGCGCUGGGCGUGUCGGGGAUCUCCACGCUCGUCUGGAUCGCGGGGUACGUUCGGAGAGGCGGCGCGCGUGGCGACACCGGCGCGGUGGCCGGGAUGGUGGUGAAGCCGUUGGACAGCGGGAAGCGGCAUGUCGCGGAAGGGGCGCCGCCGACGUUCGUCGGGCACCGGCUGCGUGACUCGGGGGACGGGUUGAGCAGCAAAGCGAAGGACGUCGCCAGCGCGUCUAAGACCUGUACUGCAAGAGGACGGGGUAAAUAAUGUACGCCGUUGUGCUAAGCAGUCUUGCAAUAACAAUGCAUUUAGUUUGUCGAAAUCAUUGUAUACGUACUGUAACUACUGGUAGUUUAAUCUUUACUAUUACUAGCAAAAGUGCCCGUGCGUUACAUGGGGAGAAAGAAAUACUCAAACGCUUUAGUAAA